AUGAACUUUAGUUUCUGUCGGUGGUAUGGUGGCAGUAAGAAAGAUCCACUCGAUUUCACCGAUGCUGAUGUCGAAAAUCUUUAUAAACAGUGGGAAGAAAAUGAUGAUGUUAAAUUACCACUUGAUGAGCAAGACGAAUUGCAGCGACUUCGUCAAGGUACAAAGUCAAUGAAUCAGUUACCUGACAUGAAAUUUAUUAGUCGAUACGAAAACGUUCUGUUUGCUUUAUUCUUAGGAAAACAACGUCCUAUGUUCAAUAUGAACGAUCUAGCCGGCAAAAAUCCAGAAGAAAUAAUGAAACUAUCGAAAAAAGGUCAGACGUUGAUGAUGUUUGUCACUAUUUCCGAUAAUCCGACUAGACAAGAAACAGAAGACAUUACCCAAAUAUGGUAUUACGGAUUAAAAAACGCAUUGUAUGAUGUGUCAAAAUAUGUGGUCGACGACAAUCGUAUAUUACUUUUACUACAGGAUGGAUCACAGGCAUUUGAAAUAAAAGAUUUUCUUGUUCAGCAGGAUAGAUGUGAAGAAGUGACAAUUGAUAAUCGACCGUAUUAUGGAAAAGGCUCUAAGAAAACUCGAACACAAGAUCUUUAA